AUGGCUUCAGAACUCAGGGCUUUGUGUCUGAGCAGAAAUACGACAAUAGAGAUGGUAAAGGACCGGGGCUACACCACAACACAGGAAGUGCAGCCACUCGAGUCGUUUCGUGAGAAGUAUCCGUUUGCCCUUACAAAAAGGUCAUCGUUGAACUUUGUCUGUGUGGAUGUGGACAGGCCUGUGGCCAUACAUUUUGGGGAUGACGAGAAGAUGGGUAAGAAGAGCUUUGAAGGGCUUCUGUCCCAGUAUGAAAAGGACAACAUAUUCCAUCUGAUCCUGAUUCUUCCACAGAUGCCCAGCCCUGCUGUGAUGUCGAUGAUAGCCUUGAAUGCAAAAUUCAAUGUCGAGAUCUUCCUGGUAGAAGAGAUGAUGUUCAACAAGACAAAGCAUUCGUGGGUUCCUCCACAUAGAAUCCUGUCUCGGGAGGAGAGAGAGAACGUCUUCAAGUCACUGAAGCUUGGACCCGGGGAUCUUCCCAGGAUCCUGAGGAGCGACGUAAUUGCUCGGUAUUAUGGAGCGAGGCAGGGAGACGUUGUCGAAAUAGUUAGAAGGUCGAGGACGGCUGGAGAGUCUAUCUAUUACAGGAUUGUUGUGGAAAGGUAG